AGAAAACUGAUUUACUUUCAGAACAGUGGAAAUUUCACAUUUUUGCUUUCAAUCAAGAUGAUCCAUGAAGAGGGUAAAGAAAGGAAUUGCUUCUUGUUGAGGCCACCCAAGAUAUAAGGACAAAGAAACCCUAAACCAAAACUGUGAUAUUGCGGCUGAUGAAUUUCUUUAAGCAAUUUAAGUAUUUAACGUCAUGGAUUUUGGUAUCUCCUAUGUUGAAACUUGAAACUUGAAACCCUCUUCUUCAAUGAAAAAUAUUGACAUAUGGUUCUCCCAGGGUUCAUACUCCUGUUGAUCAGAAACCAGAAUACUAUGAUAACAUCCUGGAAAACAUGUCUCAUUUCAUUGCUUUUCUCAACACUCUUUUCAUACUCUUCUCAAUGUACAUUCAUCAUUACUAACAAUUGUCCAUAUACAAUAUGGCCCGGCACGCUAGCCGGUUCAGGAACGCCUCAACUUUCCACAACCGGAUUUCAGUUGAAUUCCGGCCAGACUGCCGGCAUCUCUUGUGUUCCGGGGUGGUCCGGCCGUAUCUGGGGCAGGACCGGUUGUACCUUUAAUGCAUACGGCGUUGGCUCGUGUGAAACCGGGGACUGUGGCGGAAAGCUCGAAUGCGACGGCAUCGGUGCCACUCCACCGGCCUCGCUCUUCGAGAUUACCCUCGGCACGGGAAACCUGAAAGACUUCUACGAUGUCAGCAUAGUCGAUGGCUACAACUUGCCCAUUGUCGCGGCUCCGCUAGGGGUAUAUGGACAAUGCAAUGCCACUGGCUGCGUUUCCAAUCUCAACAAUGGGUGUCCCAGAGAACUUCAAGUGGUCGGUGGGGAGGGCGGAGACGUGAUUGCGUGCAAGAGCGCGUGUGAGGCGUUUGGAUUGGACCAAUAUUGCUGCAGCGGAGAGUUUGCGAAUCCAUCAACUUGUCAGCCAUCGUUCUAUUCCAGCAUCUUCAAGAGAGCUUGUCCCAGGGCUUAUAGCUUUGCGUUUGAUGAUAGAACCAGCACCUUUACCUGCAAGGCUUAUGAAUAUCAAAUCAUUUUUUGCCCCAACAGGGGUAACAGUGCAACGAGACAUCCUCCUCCUCCAUCUUAUGGCGGUGCUCCUCCGCCUCCUCCUCCGCCUUAUGGUGGUGCUCCUCCAUCUUAUGGCGGUACUCCUCCGCCUACUCCUCCAUCUUAUGGUGGUGCUCUUCCUCCACCUCCCCCGUCUUAUGGUGGUGUGGUUAUCAUGCCUCCGCCCACUGAAGAAGAAAGCAGAAAUGGAAAGUAUGAAGGAGGGAUGGUGUCGUCAUCUUCAUCAAAGAGUCUGCCCUUCACAGCAUUGAUUGCCAUCUUUAUUUUCAGUCUGGUUUUGCAAGCAUAGGCUUGGCAAUAAUGGUUAUAACAAUUGGGUUCAUGCAAUCAAGAUGUUCAUGGAUAUAUAUAUAUAUAUAUAUAUAUA